AGCGUUCGGAUGGACGGUCCUGUUACUGAAAACUCCCGAGCACAACACUGGACGGACUGCGGAGCGAGAGAUACCACGUCUCGAUCCGAGACCCAGACUUGUGACACACAGGGCGGUCAAGUGACCGGCCACGAGAUUUGCCAUGCAAAUCACCACCUUGCCUCACCGUGUCCUAACAUAUAGAGCCCUGAGCGCCAGCUUGUCAAUUUGAGGGGCCGGAAAUUUUUUCUGAUCGACGAUUCCAUGUCGAAACUCUAGUUCAAGCCUACAGAAGGCCUGAGCGCAGAGUUUAAAGAGGACAAGGAGCUUGCGAGCUUGCUCCAAUACAUCUAUCACGAAGAAAGCAAGCAAAAGCAGCACCGAACCCAACACACAGACGCCGGUCAUCUCAAUCUCUUUGAAUAUUUAAUGGUCACUGAGGAGAAGCGGAAGGAGUUGGACGACCGAGCAAGGGCUGGGGAGGUGGUCGUGCCCGGCGGCCGCGGUGGAAAUUCUCUCGAAGCUCAGGUUAAUCUGGCCAAAGGUCGUAUCGACGGAGGACAGACUCGCUUGAGUCAGCUGGGGAAAGAAGGAUAUCGGGAGAUGGGACUGAAGGGAGUUUUGUCUACGCGUGAGGAAUGGGGUGGAAAAGCAGCGAAAUUGAAGGGUAUCAACAUCGACGAAAGCAAACUCAAGACGGGAACGAAGGAGUGAUCAAAACUUGAUCAUUCCGUACCAUGCCCUUCUAAAUGCAAAUACGUACAGGACGUUGUGAAGGUAUCUGCAGAAAGCGUUAUUGAUGCAUGCCACUUGCAGCGUCGUGAAUUUGCCUUUAACCAUCCGGAUAUGGAUUUUACUGCGAACGGGACAUGCCCAAAACUAGUUUUAUACAUACAGCCCUAUGAAGGAUUACUCAAAAUGGGUAUGGUCGUAAAGAUAAAUAGUGGUGUUAGAAAUGUUACGGUGGGAUGUGUAGAUGGUCAGAUCAAUGUAAAUGAUCUGAUUUUUCCUCUGCCAUAGGGCUGUAAAUUAAAACCUUAGACCUAGAAAAACUCCCUACAUAAUGUAAGUCUUUUCUUCACUCAUGUCGACAAAAUAUCCCCUUACACCAG